AUGUCUUUUCCAGUCCAAGGACGAUCUGCCCUCGUCACAGGAGCAGGUUCUGGCAUAAACCUGGCAUUCGCGAAACUGCUACUCGAGAAUGGGUGCAAUGUCCUUAUCGCCGAUCUGGGGUUGCGCCCCGAAGCACAAUCUCUCGUGGACCAGUACUCGGCCCCGGGCAAAGGCCCCCGCGCUGUCUUCCAGAAGACCGAUGUAACCGACUGGAAGCAGCUGGAGCAGAUGUUCGAAGUGGCCGAGAAGGAGUUCGGGGAAGUUGACAUUGUGUGUCCCGGCGCAGGGAUCUACGAGCCGCCUUGGACCAACUUCUGGCGCCCCCCCGGAACACCAGAGAGUCGGGAUCCACAGCAUGGUGGUCGCUAUGCCUUGAUAGAUAUCAACUUGACCCAUCCCAUCCGCACGACUCAGCUGGCCAUCGCGCAUUUCCUUCGCAAGGCUACCAGCAGCAGCCAGGGCCGCAAGCACAUUAUUCACAUCUCCAGCAUUGCCGGGCAGAACCCGUCUCUGACGACUCCCAUCUACGUAGCCACGAAACAUGCGAUCAAUGGCCUGGUCCGCUCCCUAGCCCAGCUUGACCAGAAAUGCGGGAUCCGCGUCACGGCGGUGGCCCCGGGGGUGAUCAAGACGCCGCUUUGGACGGAGCAUCCGGAGAAGAUAAAGAUAGUCGACAAGAACGCGGAUGAGUGGGUGACCCCGGAGGAAGUGGCUCAAGUCAUGCUGGCGUUAAUCCAACAGGACCAUGUUGGAGAGAUCAUUGGGGAUCAGACCGGUCAAGGUUCCCAGUUUAUGGUUAGUGGGGGAACGAUUCUGGAGGUCUCCAAGACCGUGCGUUCGGUUAGUGCCUUCAAUGAUCCGGGCCCCGGAAAACGGCCCGGAAAUACGGUGUCGAAAGUCAAUGUGCUGGAGAAUGAGCGGCGUGGCGGGAGAGGGAAAUGGACCCCCGGACUCCAUGGCGAUGCCAGCUGGAUCAGUUGCGUGAUCAACCUGGUCAAUACCAUCAUUGGCGCGGGUGUUCUAGCCAUGCCGCUCGCGAUUUCGCAUAUGGGUAUCGUCCUCGGUGUUAUUGUCAUUUUAUGGUCGGGAACAGCAGCUGGGUUUGGCCUAUACCUGCAGUCUCAAUGUGCACGAUACCUGGAGCGCGGAACCGCUUCCUUUUUCGCGCUGUCGCAGCUGACCUACCCCAAUGCGGCCGUUGUCUUUGACGCCGCAAUUGCGGUUAAAUGUUUUGGAGUCGGGGUCAGUUAUCUGAUCAUCAUUGGAGAUCUGAUGCCCGGAGUGGUUCAGGGUUUCGUGGGAGGCUCUCCAGAUUAUGAGUUCUUGGUGGACCGCCAUUUCUGGGUAACGGCCUUCAUGUUAAUCGUCAUUCCCCUCUCCUAUCUCCGGCGCUUGGACUCGCUCAAGUAUACGAGUAUUGCAGCACUCGUUUCGAUGGCCUAUUUGGUGGUCUUGGUCGUCUACCAUUUCGUGAUUGGAGAUACAACUACUGAUCGGGGUCCCAUUCGCGUGAUACACUGGGCCGGUCCUGUUCCCACGCUCAGCAGUCUCCCUGUCAUUGUUUUUGCAUUCACCUGCCAUCAGAACAUGUUCUCGAUCCUGAACGAGAUCAGCAACAACAGCCACUUCCGGACCACCGGAGUCGUCUUUUCCAGCAUCGGUAGCGCCGCUGCCACCUACAUCCUGGUGGCCAUCACGGGCUACCUCUCAUUCGGGAACAACGUAGCCGGAAAUAUUGUCGGCAUGUACCCGCCAGGCCUCUACGCUACCAUAGGUCGCGCCGCCAUCGUCAUGCUUGUCAUGUUCUCCUAUCCGCUUCAGUGCCACCCGUGCCGGGCAUCUGUGGACGCAGUGCUGCGCUGGAGACCCAAGCCCUCGGGGUCUAACGACCACUCGCCCCACCGGAACCCACUCCUGGGGUCAAGAGGCACUCGGACCCCGGAGCCGAUGAGCGACCUUCGAUUCUCCAUCAUUACCACCACCAUUCUCGUGCUGAGCUACAUCGUUGCAAUGACCGUGUCCUCACUCGAGGCUGUGCUUGCCUAUGUCGGCAGCACUGGGAGCACCAGUAUCAGCUUCAUCCUUCCGGGCCUUUUCUACUACAAGAUCUCUUCCCCAGACUCACCGCACCAUCAGCGCCUGAUGAAGGAAGACGACGAAAUGGGCGAUGCGAUCAUGUCCGAUAGCAACGAUGACGAUGAGGACAUCGAGACCUCGCAAGCUCGUCCCUUGACGGAGAGUGGUAUCCUCCGCCGCAGCACUCGGCAUUGGCGCAGAGCACUGCUGCGGAAGUUGAGCCUGGGGCUCGUGAUCUACGGUGUUUUGGUCAUGGUUGUGUGUCUCAUCACGAAUUCACUCUUUCUAGCCUCUCAUUAG